GUCAAAUCUCUCGCACCAAACGCAUGUUCCUAAUUCCUAACCCAUUCUUACUUUGAAUUUUUCUUUCUAUUCUCUCUCUCUCUCUAAAGUCUCUUUAUAUAUAAUGACUAUUCUUAUAUUAUUAUUAUGAUAUAUGAGCAUUUCGAUCUAUUCAUUCAUCGUGUCUUUCAGCUCUUUCACAUUCAUCUUCAUCUUCAUCAAUGGCGGCUGAGACUGCCUUAAUCGCUUCUCUCCUUCCAUCUCCGAUUGCCAAGAACGCAACUUUCACGUCAUUUUCUUCUUGGGCCUCUCCUUCCCAAGUUUCGAUCUUCUACAAACCCAUUAAGAUCAGCAGGUCCCUUGUUUCCCAGAGAAAAAAACCCUCUCUGAAUACUAGGUGCCAGGUUGUGUUCCCAAAUGACAACAUCGAUUCCAAGGCCUUCACUGCUUCGCCUCUCCAAUUGCUCAAGUCCUCCCCUGCUAACAGAUAUACAAAGGAAAGGAGCUGCCUUGCAGUCAUAGGGCUUAAUGUUCACACUGCAUCAGUUGAGAUACGUGAAAAACUAGCCAUCCCAGAAGCACAGUGGCCUCAAGCAAUUAGUGAGCUCUGUGCUAUGAACCAUAUUGAAGAAGCUGCUGUCCUUAGUACAUGUAACCGAAUGGAAGUAUAUGUCGUGGCUCUGUCUCAGCAUCGUGGGGUUAAAGAAGUUACUGAAUGGAUGUCAAAGAUAAGUGGGGUUCCUGUUUCUGAGCUCUGUCAGCACCAAUUUGUGUUGUAUAACAAAGAUGCCACUCAGCAUCUGUUUGAAGUAGCUGCUGGGCUUAAUUCUCUUGUUCUAGGGGAAGGUCAAAUCCUUGCUCAGGUAAAACAAGUUGUUAAAGUUGGGCAAGGAGUAUCUGGCUUUGAUAGGAAAAUCAGUGGGCUAUUCAAGCAUGCAAUCACUGUUGGAAAGCGGGUUAGAAGUGAGACGAACAUAUCAUCAGGGUCUGUUUCUGUCAGUGCUGCUGCCGUGGAGCUUGCCUUAAUGAAGCUUACAGGGUCUUCUUAUGCUACUGCCAGAGUGCUAGUGGUUGGAGCUGGAAAGAUGGGGAAACUUGUGAUUAAGCACUUGGCUGCAAAAGGGUGUAAAAACAUGGUUGUUCUGAACAGAACUGAAGAGAGAGUUGCUGCCAUUCGGGAAGAGAUCAAGGAUGUUGAAAUCAUCUACAAACCCUUAUCAGAAAUGCUAUCUUGUGCUUCAGAAGCUGAUGUAGUUUUUACCUGCACUGCAUCAGAGACCCCAUUAUUCUUGAAAGAGCAUGUAGAAAUGCUCCCCACUGUGCAACCUGAAAUUGGAAGGCGGCUUUUUAUUGAUAUCUCCGUUCCCAGGAAUGUGGAACAGAGUGUCUCAGAACUUAAGACUGCAGUUGUGUACAAUGUGGAUGACCUCAAGGAAGUUGUAGAAGCUAACAAGGAGGAUAGACUGCGAAAAGCUACGGAGGCUCAGACAAUAAUACUGGAGGAAUUGAAUAAAUUUGAAGCUUGGAAAGAUUCCCUUGAGACUGUUCCCACCAUCAAGAGAUUAAAAGGCAACUUUGAAAGGAUCAGGGAUGCCGAGCUUAAUAAGUGUUUAUCAAAGAUAGGUGAUAAUAUCUCUGAGAAGAAUAAAAAAGCUAUUUAUGAUCUUAGUGUGGCUUUAGUAAAAAAGCUUCUUCGUGGUCCAAUGGAGAACUUGAGAUGUGAUGAUGCACGUACUCUGGAUGAGAUACUUGAGAAUAUGCGUGCUCUUAAUAGGAUGUUUGACCUCGAGACAGAUAAGUCUGUGUUGGAACAGAAGAUUCGAGCCAAGGUGGAACAGACCCGGAAAUAAGUGUUUCAUAACAUGUUUCUCCUACUCCAAUUAGACCAUUCUUUAGAAAUCAGAGGGACCUUCUUGGCCAUGUUGUUGCUGUACAUUUCAGAUAGAAAUAGGUGGUCACUUUGGAGGCUUUUCUUUUUAUUCAUACUGUACUUCACUCAGGGAAUUUUUUUUUUUUUUUUUUUUUUUUUUCUAUGCUGCAUAGAUAGUAAUAGGUAUCCGGCAUAGUAGAAACCAACCUGAAAUGCUGAUGUGAGCUUGGUCUGGCUAUCAGAUAAUUGUCCUGAUAGCUGACUGAAUGAUUCUUUGUAAUUAACCCACUGAUUAUAUCAAUUUUUGAAAUGCCAAUCAUUCAAUUUUUCCCCUGUUUAA